AGUGAGCUUCAUUCAGGAAGCACAAGGACAACGUAAAUGUCAAUUUGUGUUGAAAAUAAUCUAAAUGAAAGUAUCUUCCUCUUUUCAAUUUUAGUAAUUGUUGAUUAAUCUAGCGACUGUAUUUACCCCAUCAAUUAGUUUGACGUAGCAUUCUAGAUAAUGUUGCCAGUUAAAAUGUGUAUUAGUGCGUCUGCAGCUUCUCGAAUAAUAUUCCAAUGCCUUCGAUUUUACUGCCAGAAACCCCCCAAAAAGCUGAGAAUAUGCGAGGCGGUUUCAAGUUCAGACAUGGGAACAAAUGUCAAAGUGCAGGGCUGGGUUCGCUCCGUGAGACACCAGAAGCAGAAUCUGUUUCUCCACGUGAAUGACGGGAGCUCUCUUCAGUCCCUGCAGGUCGUGGCCAGCUCCCAGCUCAACCACAGACUGCUGACAUUUGGCAGUGCUGUGGAGGUCUCAGGACUGCUGGUCAAGAGUCCCAGCAGAAGACAGGAGGUGGAACUUCAAGCCAACCAAAUACAUGUGGUCGGAGAAUGUAACCCUGUGGACUUUCCUUUUAAGGUCAAGGAAAGACAUGACCUGGAGUAUAUUCGUCAGUUUCCUCACCUGAGGUGCAGAACGAACACAUUCAGUUCCCUGUUACGAAUACGCAGUGAAGCCACCACAGCGAUUCAAUUAUACUUCAGGGACAAAGGCUAUGUUCAGGUCCACACGCCGGUCAUCACCUCCAAUGACUGUGAAGGAGCUGGCGAACUCUUUCAGGUGGAGCCUGCGUUUCAGGAGAAGCAGGAGGAGGACGGGGGCCAGCCCUUCUUCUCUGUCCCAGCGUACCUUGUUGUUUCUGGGCAGCUCCACCUGGAGGUCAUUGCUGGGGCGUUUCCUGGGGUGUUUUCGUUUGGACCGACGUUCAGAGCAGAAAACUCUCAGAGCCGACGUCACCUGGCCGAGUUCUUCAUGGUGGAGGCAGAGAUCUCCUUCACUCAGUCACUAGAGGAUCUUAUGAAGGUGAUGGAGGAGAUGUUCAGGUCCACAACGGAACAUCUCCUAGCUCAGUGUCCCGAGGAUGUGGCUCUGUUUCACAAACAUGUCACACCAGGACACAAUGACAACGUAGACCUGAUGAUGAAGAGCAGUUUUAACGUGAUAACCUACACAGAAGCCAUAGAUAUUCUAAACCGCAGCUCUCAGAAAUUUGCUUUCGAAACAGAUUGGGGUUGUGAUCUGCAGACUGAACAUGAGAAGUAUCUGGUAAAACAUUGUGGCAACAUCCCUCUGUUUGUGACUGACUACCCAUAUACACUGAAGCCCUUCUAUGCACGAGACAAUCUGGACAAACCUCUUCACACAGUGGCAGCAGUAGACCUGUUGGUACCAGGGGUAGGAGAGCUGUGUGGGGGAACCCUCCGAGAGGAGAGAUUGGACCUGCUGAAGACACGGCUGGCAUUGGCUGGGUUGGACGAGACCUACAGAUGGUAUCUGGAUCUACGGCGGUUUGGUUCUGUUCCACAUGGUGGGUUUGGGAUGGGCUUUGAGCGCUACCUCCAAUGUGUUCUAGGAGUUGACAACAUCAGAGAUGUCAUUCCAUUCCCUAGAUACUCCCAUUCUUGCCUUCUGUAAAGUUUAAACCGUAUGGCGCUUUUCACUUGUCUGUUGAACAAUCAAUGUUUUUUUAUUUAUA